AUGUUUAUGUCCACCAGCACCACCAAUGGCUCCAUCCUCCAGGUAACUGAGUUCAUCCUAAUGGGUUUCCCAGGCAUUCACAGCUGGCAGCACUGGCUCUCCCUGCCCCUGGCCCUGCUCUACCUCUCGGCCCUCUUGGCCAAUGCAAUGAUCCUGCUCACCAUCUGGCAAGAAACGGCUCUGCGCCAGCCGAUGUUCUAUUUCCUGGCUGUCCUGGCCCUAGUGGACAUGGGUCUGAGCACCACCAUCAUGCCCAGGAUCCUAGCCAUGCUUUGUUUCAACGCCCGCACCAUCAGUCUCUCAGAAUGCUUCUUUCAGAUUUAUGCUAUUCACGUCUUCGUGGGGCUGGAGUCCAGCAUCUUCCUUUGCAUGGCAAUUGACAGGUAUAUGGCCAUCUGUCACCCCCUCCACUACCCCUUUGUCAUCACAGAAGGCUUUGUCCUCAAGGCCACCUUGUUCAUGGUGUUCAGAAAUGACCUCCUAGCCAUUCCAUUGCCUGUCCUGGCUGCAAGGUGUCAUUACAGCUCCAGGAACGAGAUUGACCACUGUCUGUGCCUAGUUCCCAGCUGGCACUGCGACACAUUGAGCAGACAUACCUACGGUGGUCUUGAUGGCUUAUUGCCUCGCAGUACAGAAAAUCUGUCCAACAAGAUUUUGCUGAUUUACAGUUCUCAUGCAUCUCUUCUGGGCCAGAAUCGCUCUGGGGACCAGGUGCUACUCUGGGGUUCCCAGCAGCCCCAAGGCCCACACUGCCCUCCCCCUGCAACUAGCAUUUCUGCGACCUUUGGGGUCAGCCAAGAAAGGACUCUCAUAACCAUCUUUGGCAAGGCUAAACUCUGUUCAGCUAUCUACCAGGCAUUGAAAAUAUUUGCUAGGCAGCGGUUUCCCACUGACUCCAAGAUCUGGGAAGAUCUGCAUUUUCCCAGAAGUGAACCCUUUUAA